CACAUAUGGGUUACAUUUGUGGUGCUGGAAAUUUACAUUGCCUGUAGGCCCAGCUAAGGCUGUCCUGGGUAAAGUGCUUCGUGCUAGCUACACCGCUUUCGUCGUCAUCCGUUUCUGCAAACAAACCAUAGCUUAGUGAUCCCUCUUGAGACUCAAGGUCUAUUCUUUUACAGAGGAGAAACCACGCAUACAAACAGCAUCGCAACGAAUGUCGGGUCAGCCAUGUCCAUUAUGCAUUUGGCCGCAGCUGCCACCAGAGCUUGAGGAGCGCAUAGUCAAUUUCCUGCCGCUUAACGAGGUCGCCUGCACCGUGCGACUACUCAACAAGGCCGCGGCCGCACGAUUCCGCAACCAACACUACACCACAGUGCGAUUGUCAUCACCGGUGCCCCUGCAUGCCUUUAAGCGGCAAUGGGGCCACCCUGGCGCCAUGCGUGGGCUAACGCUCAAGCAACGGGAGCAGCUGCUGUGUCUUACAGCCCGCAGCGGCAGCAUUCUUAACUUGGAGGAAGCCGUGGCCUACACGGGAACCAUCAUAGGGCAAGGAUGCUCCUUCGGAUCUAGCCUUGUGAAGGAGGCUUCUGCUGCAGGACAACUUGAGGCAUGCAAAUGGCUUGUGCAGCAGCAUGGUUAUCCCUUAAAGCCCGCCAUUGAAGCUGCAGCUGCUGCAGGGCAGCGGGACAUCUGGCUGCCGGCUGCCCCUGGAGCCGAAACCUGGUAUACGCUGCUGCCCGCGGGGGCCACGUGGGCCUCAUGGAGUGGCUGCUGCAGCUGGGCCCCGAGGACGCGCUGGAGGGGCACCUGCUUCUCCCCGCACUGCAAUCCGCAGCAGAGGGCUGCGACCUGGUGACCCUGCAGCGACUCGCCGGGCGCCAGCAGGACACAUGGCAGCUGGAUAGUUGGCACAACACCUUUGUCCUGGCCGCGGCCGCCGGCAGCCCAACACCUGAUUGGCAGGCCAAGGUGGAGUGGUUGGAGGCGCAGGGUGUCCCUCGCGCGGCCCCUGCCUACCACCGUGCAGUUGCCUGCCCGGACGCCCUGGACCGCAUGCGGUGGCUGCGGGACAGGGGCUACCCGCUGCACAAGAAAGUGGUCCUGUGGGCUGCGCGGGCUGGUAGUCGUGACGCACUUGCAUUCCUGCUGUCAGAGGGUAUGGCACCGGAGGAGUACUCCAUUCGUGGAGUCGCGGGGGGAGGCCAUCUGGCCGCCCUACAGCUGCUGCGCGACCACGGCUGCCCCAUGGAUGAGGCCACUGUUGCAUCAGCAGCCCGGGCUGGACACCUGCAUGUGGUGGUCUGGCUGGUGGAGGCGCUGGGGGAUGAGCUGCUGCAGGAGAAAAGCGUGUGUACAGCUGCUAUGGAGUCGGGCAACCUGGAGCUGCUGCGGUGGCUGCGGGAGCGGGGCUGGCCCUGGGGUACGGAUGCGUUCACCCAGGCGGCGGCUGCGGGCUGUGAGGAGGUGUUGGAGUGGCUGGUUGAGCAGGGCUGCCCCAUGGAGGAGAACGGUUGGCCCUACGAAGUAGCUGCCAGCAACGGCGACAUGGCCACCCUGCGCUGCCUGCGGCGGCUGGGCUGCCCCUGGGGCCCGCACGGGUGGCUCUUUGCGAAGUGUGUUGCUCGGUGCUGCCGUCUUCCGGUGCUGAGCUGGC